CCCAUCCGAGAGUGUCAUGGCCGUGGCCAUAGCAACGUGUGACAGCAACAUGACAACGUAACCUAGUUAACCUGUCUGCAGCAUCGCGAACGCGAUGUGCGCCGCGCGGUCGUUCGCUUUCCAGGCAACUUCUUUGCCCUAUGAGUUAUAAGAGCUUCCAUAGCAGUGCGCGGACGUCUUGACGGACAAGAAGACGUGCUUGAUGAUGCGUUACGUUAUAAGCAUAGCUGUACUCUUUUGCCUUGUUACUUUCGUUCGGACCAUUCCUGUGACAUCAAACAGAAGUCUCGCUCUUCCUGGAUUAACCGGAGAAAGUGUUCGCGAGAAGGUUACUGACUACAACAAGAGUAGGUUUGCCAAUAUUAAACUUGCUCACCUCAAUGCAAGCCUAAUCAAGCCUCCGGACCACCUCGAAGGACUGCCUAUGCAAAGGAACGGUAACCUGAAUCCAGAGUACCGAAAAGAAGUCUUACUGGGCACCGAGAGUUCAAUGCAAGAAGGCGAUGAAUCCCUCUUACGAACCGUGUUUGCAAAGGUUGACAUCAAUCAUGAUCGACAUGUGACCAUUGCAGAACUGGAAAACUGGAUUGCAGCGAAAGUUAAAGAGCAUUACACUCAGGCUGUCAGGGACAACUUUUGGAUAUUCUCUGCACUUGACAAAAACCACGAUGGGCUAGUGUCUUGGGAGGAGUACCAUGUGAACUUUAUGAUAGAAAAAGGCUUCGAUGACAAAUAUGCCAAGAACCAUCCAGAGGAUCACAGGACUCUUGACAGAGAUUUGAAGGAGAAGAUUCUACUUGACAAAGCUAUGUGGUUUGAAGCAGCUAACUCUCACCCAGAUGCAUUGAACAUUGAUGAAUUCCUUACCUUCCGGCACCCUGAGCACAGUCAUGUCUCACUAAUCAAAAUGGUGAAUGACAUCAUCAGCAGCCUUGAUGAAAAUGGAGAUGAACAGCUUUCCGAGGAGGAGUUUUCUCAACUUGGACCUGAUGAGAUGAAACGCACAACAAAGGAAGAGUGGAAAAAGGAACGAAUCCAGGAGUUUCGCCAAAAUAUCGACCUCAAUGGAGAUGGACAGGCCAGUCGACAAGAGUUGCUGAUGUACAAUGAUCCUGAGAACCCUAUUCAUGCAAGAAGUGAAGCACGAGAACUGGUGCAGCAGGCUGACAGCAACGGGGACAACCAGUUAAGCCUGGAAGAGGUUCUUUCCCAAAAGGAUGUAUUUCUCGGAAGCAAGAUGGUGAAUACAGCCAAGAAUAUCCACGACGAAUUUUGAUGACUGCUGCCUCAAUUCUUCAGGCUUCCAACACCAAAAGCUACACUUCUGAAAACUGGGGGCAUAUGGUCACCGCACACAUGUGCCGAGGGGAUUGUUCCUUUUGUUCGGUGCAUAGAAUGUACGACAUUGUCUGGUCGUGAAUUUUAUUGUCAGCAGUGCACAAAUGUUUUUGGCACUGUGGCACCUGGGGCUCUUGAUAGAAGUGUGGCCUUUCAGCAUUAUUUCAACUUCAUAGAAAUAUCGAGUGCAUUCACCACUAUGUGCAAAUUUGUAAGUAAUAAGUGGUGAAGAGUGGCAAUUGUAUGCUUGUUAGAAAUUGUAUGUAUUUCACUUUUGGUGGACAGUAGUGCACCUCAUGUGCUCUCUUGGCCUUUGACUUUCAGUUAUGUACGUACAGGGACUGUGUGACAUCUGCAAAGACAGUAACUGUAGAUAAUUAUGGCUCUCAGUGAUACAUUAAAUAGGAGGCUAAGUACAGAUAUAAGAAAUUAUGGUUGCCAUUCCAUUAAAACAAUAUUCAACAUCCACUAGUGUCCACUAAGUACUCUUGCAAAAAUCUACUAAAGUAUGAGCUCAGAAAAUUGUUCAAAAUUUUGCAAUAUCUCCUAAAUGUGCAUGCUUUCUGCCAAACGGGCUAAAAAUAUACUAUGGCUAGCAGAAUAUCAGUAAAAUGGCAGCAUUGCAUGGGCAUAACCUCAUUGCAUACAAAAAGGGCUCCAUACCCUAUACUCUAAAUUGUAUCUGCAUACUGCACUGCAAAUGAGCCUCAUUUCAACUUGAGAAUGCCAUUGUUAUGUCAAAUACUCAUUAUAAUCAUACAUGCAUUGCAUGCUAACAUCUGCAAAAUCAUACUUGACUUACUUCGUUGUAUUCAUUUUCUAUCUAAGUUCUCUGUUCUAAAAUGCCUGCACUUUGGACACAAUUGUGGCAAAAUUAAAAUAAAGUGAUGAUUUGGGUUAAGUGACUACAUUGUAAGGAAGGUUUACAGUAAGGGAGUCUGAACAAAUAAACAAAAUGAAAGUAAUGUGUUAGUUUGUAACACCGUGGUUAUGCCCUUCAGUGCUAGUGCCACCUUCACACUAUUUAAAAGUGCAGUUAUGAUGGCAAACGAGUGAUUUUCGUAAUUAAAAUAUUUUGCAGAAUAGAUCAUAAGCAGUUUUGUGCAUUGUCUGUGAUUGUGGCACAAGGUUUUUUUCACACAGUCCCUGUGUCAGGGAAGUGAUUUUGAACAGCGACAAAGAUUGCACAAACUGUUGUGCGAUAGCAAAGCCAUCAGAUGCAUUAUGCCACAUUCGGUGGCUUGAACUGAAUGUGUGCAUACUUCGUAGUUCUGCAUAUAUUUAUGUAAUAUUUUUUAAGGAUUGUUUUUUCUUGCUUGAGAAAAUUUUAUUUUUCGCAUUUAACCUCCAGCUGAACUGUUGGUGGUCAUUCUUGUUGCAAUGUUAUUACAGCUGUAGUGCUUUCUUCUACUUAAUUCACAAUUUAUUUGCUUAUGAACCUUCACUUAUACUAGAACAAAUGCAUACUAAUUGUUAGUACUUAAGCCUACGAAUUGUGCAUAAGUGAAACUGCUAGCGUAAAUGUUUUUUGUUUGGUCAGAAUGUCAGCCCAAUUUGCUACUGAUGCCAGGUCAGUUUAUGAAAAAUAAACACAAAAGACUGCGUGAGCUGAAGGCAGAGCAAAAAUAUUUGCUCAGUUGUGCUGCAGUAUCUUACUAAUUGUACAAGGUGUGCAUUGCUGCAUGUUGCAAUGCUGCUUCCAAAAUCUUCCUGAAUUGACAAAAUAAUAUAUAUAUAUAUAUAUAUAGUCUUUUACUUUUUGCAAGUGUCUGUCGAGAUUGUAGCUUUUGAAUGUGUAGUUCCAAAACAGAUAUCCUAUAGAUUGAAUAAGAGCAAUAUGUAAUGCCAUAAUGUUUUUUACUGUGAUACCUGUACAGAAAAGCACAUGAAUCUGUGAUAGUAGCAACAAAGCAGACACCCCAAUGUAGCACCAUAUGGUUUUCAGGUGCAACGCUUUUUUGAAUUUUAGCUUUUUUUUUCUACAGUAGCACAUUUAAAGUGUGCUUGCAUUAUUACUUCUUUUUCACAAUAUUUGAUGUUGGUUGUCACUCAUAGUUAUUGCACGUACAUUUUUACAGGUUUUAUGCACCAGCUCUGCUGCCUCUUAACACUUAUGCUGUACUAGCCACAAAUUUGUACUGUACGAGUUUUGUUAUUCAAUGAAUUCAGCACAUGGCGUUUUACUGAAGUUUCUAUUGUAUUUGCAGUAACAUGUCGCCUGCUACAGCUGCAAUCAGCUUUUGCAGGAGAGUCAAACACUCUUCUGCAAAAAAGAAGUAACAAAAUAAAAUAAACAAAUGAAAGUAAUUCGCUAAUGCAAAUGAAAGUAAGCAUUGGCCAAUUCGUUCCCCUUUACAACUCUGAAUGGGCACAAAUGUCAAGACACCUAGUAUGCUAUAUUGUUUGUUGCAUGAAUAGCUGAAACUGCAGUCGUUCAAUGCCACUGGAAUGAUGGGAAGUACAGGCCUCAGAUUGGCUCUUGAUUUGUGUGCUGUGAUAUGCAUUCUUCAAGUUUUAUUGUCUUCUUCCUAUUUUCGAAGAUUUGUUUUUAAGCUUUAUAGUUCUGUGCUAUCGCCAUAAAGUUAUUCAGAUCUUGUGUA